AUGAUCUAUAUCAUGUGGAAGAACGUUGGACGCCAGAUUGAUGAAAAUGCUUCUUUCCACCAUGGACUGGGGCCAGGUGUUCGUCAACACAUUCCUCUUCUAGGCCUUUUUUCUGGUUUGGGUGUUCUCAUUACAGGCAUUGUAAUGUUUAUCUUGUAUGAAGUGGGUAGAGAGAAUCCUCAAAAAAACUGGUUAUCGUUGACUGCUUUCUACUACUUUCACGUGAUCAGCCUUUUUCUGAUGUGCCUUGCCAAUUUGGUGGGAAUUGUCAUUUUCAGGCUCGAUAAGAGAAACAUGGACAAUCAGAAGAACCCAAGUCGAACAUUAGAUAUGGCUCUACUCUUGCUGGCAACAUUAGGCCAAUAUGGAAUUUCUUACUAUUCUAUUAUAGCCAUGACAUCCACAACUCCAUUCAUCCUCCUGUGUGGUUUAACCCUUACCUAUUCUUUACUGAUGAUUAUUCAACACUCUCUUCAAAAUGCUUUUAUAAUAGAAGGCCUGCACCGUCUGCCUCCUGCCAACUUACUUAAUACUCAUCAGGGAACAAGUCACUCCAGGCCUGUGGAACAACAUGAUUCUAUAAGACGUAGAAGUACGCCAGAGAAAGAAAGUAGGUUGUCCCUAACAAGCCCUCCAGAAAAUGCGAGAAUGUCUAGAAGAGAAACCCUGUCUCAGCACAUUAAGAGCCAUCUGAAGAAAAGAAAAACAAUGAAGGACGUUUACUUGUUUCUCUUCCUCUGUAACCUUAUUUUCUGGAUUAUGCCAGCCUUUGGAGCUCGGAUCAGGUUUGAUACAGGACUGGAGGUGAAUUUUUAUGGAUUUUCUAUGUGGGCCAUAAUAACCAAUAUUUGCCUUCCUUUUGGAAUUUUUUACCGGAUGCAUGCAGCUGCCAGUCUACUGGAACUAUAUAGCAUGGCCUAG